UUGAUUUUAUGUCAUGUGACUCAGAAAUACAGGAAGUGUUUUGGUCACUCAACGCGGAAGCGAAUAAACAGUUUUAGGGGAAACAAGCGUUGUUGAGAAUGACUGGCAUAUAGUGUUUUUGCAGUGAGGGUCCAAGCUUUGUUUGCUGUCGUCGGGAUCCUGUCACUUCAUUGUUUCUUGGUUAGUUUGACCCAGUGUGAUUACUGACUGAGUUCCCACUCCUAGGAGCUGUACUUUACAUCCUCGAUCUGUAGUUUUUCUCAGCCUGCCUCCCUUGACCAGUCUCUGUCUCAUCAAUGGCUGGGCACAGCGGCGGAUCAAACAGGCCUAACAGCACUGCAGGGCCAAACAAAAUCUGCCAGUUCAAGCUGGUGCUUCUGGGGGAGUCGGCGGUGGGCAAAUCCAGUUUGGUGCUGCGGUUUGUCAAAGGACAGUUUCAUGAAUUCCAGGAGAGCACAAUUGGCGCUGCUUUCCUCACACAGACGGUGUGUCUGGAUGACACAACUGUGAAGUUUGAGAUUUGGGAUACAGCUGGUCAGGAGCGCUACCACAGCCUGGCGCCAAUGUACUACAGAGGUGCUCAGGCAGCUAUCGUGGUCUAUGACAUCACCAACAAAGACACUUUUGAGCGUGCUCAAAACUGGGUGAAGGAGCUUCAAAGGCAAGCCAAUCCAGACAUAGUGAUCGCUCUGGCAGGCAACAAGGCAGACAUCUCAGACAAGAGAGCUGUGGAGCAUCAGGAGGCACAGGCGUAUGCUGACAACAGCAGCUUGCUCUUUAUGGAGACUUCAGCCAAAACUGCUGUGAAUGUGAAUGAAGUUUUUAUAGCUGUUGCAAAGAAGCUACCAAAGAGCGACCCUCAGGGCAGAUCCGGUCAAGCUGCAAGGACAGGAGUGGAUCUAAACAACUCGGCCCCCCAGAGCCACGGCAGAAGGUGCUGUUCUAAUUAAUGUUUAACAAAACAAUGGACCGAGCAAAGCGAGCCGGGAACAUCUUUUUAAGGACAAAACCUCGACGGGCAGGAGACGGCGGAGCUACUCGCUGCGCCUGCACAUGCCCCCACGUUACAGAUGUGAUUAUCUGGAUCCUGUUUGGUUAAAGGAACUCUUUACAAGAAUCAUAAGCUAGAGGGAACUCCCAGCACCCCUCAACUCUCCUCUACUGUCCGUCCUUUUUUGUCACUCGAACUGUUCGGUUUAGUUGAUUAAAUGGUCAUGUUUUACCUUCUGAAGUGUGACUGAGAUUGCCAGUUGCUCUGUAUGCUUGUAUGUUGUGAGUAUGUGUAUAUAGUAUAUAUUUUGCACACACAUUUUUCUCUACAUUAAUCUAUGUAGUCUGCAAAUACCUGAUUAUUAACGGUGCAGAAGUGAUUAUGUGUUUAAACCACAGCAUUUAUUUUUACCCUCAUGCACCUUGGAUUACCAUCUAUAACUAAUGUUUAUAGUAUUGUCUUUCAUCUAGUAUAAAGUCCUAAUAUUACCCCACACUAGUUUCAUUUUUGGUAACUUGUUGAAAAAAUGCAGUGACUCCAAGGUCCUGUAAGGAGAUGGCGACAUUUUUAAUCUUCAAAUCUGUUUCCAAGACGAGGGACGUGACUUGUUGCCUUGUUUUAAGUUUACAGGAAGGCAGCGAGCUCUUGGGAGUUUAGAAUGUGGUCAGGUUGUACUGACUGCAUUUUGCACCUUGCUGGGAUUUUAUCAAUGUCACCUACAGCCUAACUGAUGUGUUAGCGCAGCAGUCCCAACACGUGUUAGUCAUUUAUUUGAACCAAUUAAAUAUUUUUACUUUGACCAGAUUGCUCCAGCCUUCUUUUCCACGGCUUUAAAAGGAUCUCAGACACUUUCCCUCAUUUUCAUGCCCGGUGGAAAGGAGUUGUGUGUGCGUGCACACACUCCUGAGAAGAAGCCAAAAAAAAAUUACUGUUCUAAAGACCCUCAAAAUUUUGCCUAUAUGGACAUGAGUUGAUAUUACACACAUGUGGGAACGUUUCUGCACAAACACAGCUUUCAUUUAUUGAGUGUUGAUCACUGUAACACCUAAAAGUUAGUGACCUUUUUUUUAAGUAGCUUGUAAAUCAAAAAUGAACAUGCAAUAUGUCUUAGCUCAUGUAUCUUUUGUGUGUGCUGCUUUUAUUUUUGUUGUUUAGCAUUUCGGUACUAAAAGCGCUCCUUCUUGUACUUUAGAUUAUUCACUGAUCAGUCGAUCAAAACGUUAUUCCUGAUAUAAAUAUAUGUCCAUAUUGUCAGACAACAAAGAGAAACAAAAUGGAAUAAUGAAAAAAAUAAUAAAAGUAUUACAUUUGUAAGUCAAAUAAAAACGUGGUAAAUAAUCUC